AACAUUGAAAGGGCAUUAAGCCUCGCCUCUCUCUCUCUCUCUAUCUCUAUCUCCUCCUCUAUAUAUCUCCCGCUCCGUGGUGCUUUCGUAAAUUUCUCCAAUUAAAUCUCGCCGGCGGCGGCGAUCAACCAAAUCGGAGUCUUGUAUUUUUUUUGUAUUAUAUACGGUGUAAGAUCAAAUCAAAAUCAAAAGUCUCAUAAAAACCUCCGUCUGGUGUUUUUUUUUAUAUAUCUAGGGUUUGAAAUCGAUUUUUGGGGGGUUUUGUUUCUGAGAUUUGUGAGGGAAGAUGCCGAGGAGUACGAGGCAUAAAUCGAGUAAGCAUAAGGAUGCGGCGAAGGAGUAUUCGGAUUCGGAGAAAGAGUCGAGUUUGAAGGAGAAGAAGAGUAAAGAUGAGAGUGCUAGUGUUAGGGUUUCAAAGGAGUCUGGUUCUGGUGAUAAGCGUAAAGAGUAUUAUGAUUCGGUUAAUGGUGAGUAUUAUGAGGAGUAUACUUCUUCUUCGUCCAAGCGUAGGAAAGGGAAGAGUGGUGAUAGUGGUAGUGAUAGGUGGAAUGGGAAAGAUGAUGACAAAGGUGAGUCUUCGAAGAAGACUAAGGCGUCUAGUGAGAAGAGUAGGAGGAGAGAUGAAGGGGAUGGGGAGGAGACGAAGAAGAGUAGUGGUAAAAGUGAUGGCAAGCAUAGAGAGUCUAGUAGAAGGGAGAGUAAAGAGUCUGACAAGGAGAGGGAUCGGGAUAAGGAUAGGAAGUAUAAAGAAGGGAAAAAUGACAAGUUUUAUGAUGGUGAUGAUCAUCAUAAAUCUAAGGGUGCUUCUGAUAAGCCUGAAUCAAAAGCUCAGGAUCAUGCAAGGAGUCCUGGUACCGAAAAUUAUACUGAGAAGCGAUCAAGGCGUAAGAGGGAUGAUCAUGGUACUGGAGACAAGCAUCAAGAUAACAGUGAUGAUGUUGGUGAUAGGCUAGAUGAUUACAUUAAAGAUGGAAAGCAGAAAGGAGAGAAAAGAGAUAAACAUCGGGAAGACAAGGAAGAGGACAUCAAACAGAAAGGUGACAAGCAGAGAGAUGAACGACCUACUAAAGAACACCCUAAGUCUGAUGAAAAGCUCCUCCGAGAUGAUAGUAAAAAAAAAUCUAAAUUGCAGGAUAAUGACCAUGGUCAUGAACCUGACAGUGAACUUGAUGGCUAUCAUGACCGUGAACGCAAUCGAGACUAUGAGAGAGAAAGUGAUCGAUCUGAACGGGACCGUGACCGAGUUCGGGAUCGGGAUCGUGAUCGUGACUACGAGCGAGAAAGGGACCGUGAUAGGGAUCGGGAACGUGAUCGCGAUCGUCGGGAUUAUGAGCAUGAUCGUUACCAUGAACGAGAUUGGGACCGUGAUAGGAGUAGAGAUCGGGACAGGGAUCAUGACAGGGACAGGACCCAUGACAGAGAAAAAGACCGGAGUCGUGACUACUAUCAUGAUGGAAAACGGAGUAAAAGUGACCGUGAAAGGGAUAAUGAUCGUGAUGUGUCGCGUCUAGAUGAUCAAAGUGGUCGGUAUAAGGAUAGGAGGGAAGGUAGGAGGUCUCCAGAUUAUCAGGAUUAUCAGGAUGUGACCUUGGGCUCUAGAAGUAGCAGAGCAGAGGCUGAUGGUGAUAUGAUUAGAUCAGAGCGUCAACUUUCCAGUUCGGUGGUUCAAGAAGAAAAUGGGAAUGUGUCGGAUCAGAUAACCAAAGGUGGUUCUUCCAGGGAGGCGGCUGAACUGUCUGGUGGAUCAGAGAGAGGUAUAAGACAUAAAGUUUCUGAGAAAACAGCAAAGAUGGAAGAUGGUGUUUUGGGCGAGUUCCCCGGUGAAAGGUCCUCUGCUGCAAAAGCUUCACCCCGAACAAUGGUUGACAGAUCUCCCUCUGCGACUAGUCUUGACCGGAGAUACAAUAAUCGGGGUGGUGGAAGACGGAGUCUUGAGGUUGAAGAAACAGGUCAUAGGAACAACAGCAGGGAUUUUUCAGCAACUGAGGAGGAAAGGCAUCUGGUAGAUGAGGCGUCACAGGGAGAAUUAUCGUUUAACAACAAAGCCAACCAGAAUAAUUCUUCUUUCCCUCCACGACCCGAGUCUAGGAGUGGCAUUAGUAGUCCUAGAGUGGGCCCUCGAGAAGAAGACAACAGGAUCAACACCGGUGGGCGUUAUAAGAGAGGCGUAGAUGCGAUGAUAGGAAGAGGGCAAGGUAAUAUGUGGAGAGGUGUCCCAAGCUGGCCAUCUCCUCUUCCAAAUGGAUAUAUUCCAUUUCAACAUGUUCCACCUCAUGGUGGUUUCCAAACUAUGAUGCCACAAUUCCCAUCUCCAUCUAUCUUUGGGGUGAGGCCUUCGAUGGAAAUGAACCAUCAGGGAAUCCAAUACCAUAUACCUGAUGCUGAGAGGUUCUCUAGCCACAUGCGUCCGCUCGGGUGGCAGAAUAUGAUGGAUGCCUCAGGUGCUUCUCACAUGCAUGGUUAUUUUGGGGAUAUGAGUAACAGUGUUUUCAGGGAUGAAUCUAACAUGUAUGGAGGAUCUGAGUGGGACCAUAACAGGCGAAUGCAAGGCCGGGGCUGGGAAUCUGGUGCAGAUGAAUGGAAAAAUCGAAAUGGAGAUGCGAGCUUGGAAGUCUCAUCAAUGUCUGUUAAAGAUGAUAACUCUGCUCAGGUUGCUGAUGAUGAGUCGCUUGGCGGUCAAACAAGCCACUCUGAUAAUAACAGGGCAAAAAGCGUUGAAGCUGGGUCAAAUCUAACAUCUCCAGCAAAAGAACUGCAUGCAAAUUCUCCUAAAGUGAUGGCGGAAGUUGCAGCUGAAGAUCUUGUUUCAGAAACAAUUGAUAACACUGAACGUUAUUGCCGGCAUUAUCUCUCAAAGCUUGAUAUAUCGGCAGGACUUGCUGACCCCGAGCUGCUUAAAUGCAUUAGCUUAUUGAUGGGUGAAGAACAUGUAAGAAUUGAUGACGGAACUGCCGUGUUUGUAAAUCUCAAGGAAGGUGGGAAGAGAGUGUCCAAAAGCAACAGUACUUCGUUAAUGGCUCUUUCACUGUUUCCAUCUCAAAACAAUACAGUAUUUCAGAUAGCUAUGGACUUCUACAAGGAGCAAAGAUUUGAAAUAAAGGGUCUUCCAAAUGUCAAAAAUCAUGAACCUCCUCAAGUCUCUCCAUCAUAUUUGGCUAAAGUCGAAAACAAUGAUGAUCUGAAUGAUGCAAUCAAAGGAAUUACUUCAAUCGAGACACCAGAUGUGAAAAUUGCCGAGCUGUCUGAUUCAGACACAUCCCAAAAUGAAGUGCAAAAUGUGUCCUCACAUGUUGGUACCAAAAUGGAGAUAGAAACACAAGACGCAGGAUCUUCGUCUCCCAACCCAGAAAAGUCACCUGAGGCCCUGAAAGCUAUGGUGUCAAAUGACAUUGAAGACAAUGAGCAAGCUGUGGCUGCAGACCACAUUGAAGUUGAUGAGCAAGAGACAAAGCCAGAUGAUGGAGGUGGUGUAGACCAAACAAUGGAGACAGCUCCUGAGCUUGAUGGUGUCUCAGAAGGUGAUCCAGUUACCUUGACAGUAGCUUCACCGGCUCUAGUGACUAUGGACGUCGAUGAGCGGAAAGAUUUAUCUGGAGAUGAGAACAUGGGAGAAGUAGAAGAGAAGAAGGAAGCUGGUGACGAGGAUGGGGAAGGAGAUGGAAGUGUAGUUGUUGGGGAUGUAUCUCCGAAGGUAACCGAACCAUUAGUUCAAGUUCAUGAAUCUGAUGAGUCAGUAAUAAGUCGGAUACAUCAUUCUCCUCAAAGUACACAUUAAGACAUUUCUAUAUUUCCAUCUCAUUCUGUUUUGUUUUCUUAAUAUCUUUUACUUCCAA